UCUUCUAGAGACGGAAGUAACUCACAGACAUUACUUUUAGCUUGGCCGCGGAUUGUAUUUUCUUGUUUUUGACUUUUUUGCUGCUGCAUUUGAAACUUCUGAUUAACACUAUGAGGUUUAGAUUCUGUGGUGAUCUUGAUUGUCCAGAUUGGGUUUUGGCAGAAAUCAGUACCCUUGCUAAAAUUUCCUCUGUGAAGAUGAAGCUUUUGUGUGGCCAGGUUCUUAAAGACCUUUUAGGAGAAAGCAUUGAUUAUGAAAAGGUUACAAAGAUCACAUCUGAUGCCAAGUUUGAAAGUGGCGAUAUAAAAGCCAGCAUUGCAGUCCUGAGUUUUAUAUUUUCCAGUGCUGCCAAGCACAAUGUGGAUUCAGAAUCACUGGCCAGUGAACUACAACAGUUAGGACUUCCAAAAGAGCACACAACAGGCCUGUGCAAGUCAUAUGAAGACAAACAGAAUGUGCUGCAAGAAAAGCUGAGGGAGAGCAGCCUGCGCUUGAGCCGACUGGAGUCUGUGUCUUGGAGGGUUGAUUAUACUCUGAGCUCCAGUGAGUUACGGGAUGUGAAUGAGCCCACAGUGUUGCUGCGUUUCCAAGUGCAGGGACCAAACACGGGUUCAAAAGAGACUACUGUUGUUUCACUUACUGCUGAAAAGUUCCGGGUGUUGCUGGCAGAACUCAAACAAGCUCAAUCUUUGAUGAACGCCCUCAGCUAAACUUGUUUCCAAGUAAAUUGACUUUUAUCUCUGAAGGCUGAAACCACAAGGAGGAGAAACUUUUAAAGUAAGGAGUGGGGCUCUGAAAUGGACCUGAAUCAGCCCGUGGAAGUCUGCUGAUGAAACACACCAUGGUGUGCCCUGUGAUGUAAUGCGCCCUCAAAAAUACCAGGAUGUGCUAACAGAGGCCUAAUCAAGCAUACCAUAAAACAAGCUCUAUCAUGCAGUGCUGCGGUGGGAGUGACGUUGAUAUACCCUUGUGCAACCCAGCAUUUAUACAAAAAUGGAAAUGUUUUUUACCGGGAGGGAAAAAUAAAAAUAAUCCUUUUCCUGGGAAAUAAUGUCUUUUUAUGUAUCACAUGUUAUAAAGUCAUUCCAUAUCUUUA